AUGGUGGUGGAAAACCUUCGAGGUUCGGGCCAAAAAGUCUCGGUGGGUGUCCGAUGCCGGGCCGGAAAGGCUGUCGUGGAUCUAAUCAAUCAGCGCCGAGUGGCUUCGGCUCGCGCUGGGCAAGUUUCGGGGGCCUCGUGCCGCCACACUCAACCCCCACUGAGAGCACUGGAGGACGACGGCAACACGGCCCCGGGUCACCCUAACAGGUGGGGACCGGAUCGGAUGGAAGCCAGCGCCAGGUGGAGCUCAUGGCUCCUUGAGUCCCUGAUGCCGCCAUGCAAGAUUCCACGAACGGAGGCCCAAGAAAGUACAUGGAAGUAG